UAAGCCCCGCCUCCUCCUGGGCGCGCGAGUGCGUGGUGGCGGGAAUUUUACUUCUUCCGGCCCUGGCGCAAAGCGGUGGUGGCUGGGCUGAGCCCCUUGAGCUUGGGCCGAGCGACUGGAGUGGUGCCAGGUGGCCAGGGAACCGUGUAAGCAAUGGAUGGCCACCCCGAGGCGUCUUCAUUUCUUACUGAAAGUUUGGAGCUUGAGCUGGAGACGGAAUGGUGUAGACCCCCUUGCUUUUCUUGUGCCUCUGAUGGAAGGAAAAGUUUUUCUCCGGAUUCCCACCUGGCAAGUGGAUCUCUGAAGAGAUUGAUGCUUAGCUUGGACCCUUUACCAACCAACUUUGAAGAUGAUAUAGUGGAACUCUUUGGCUUCCAGUGGGUGACUGAAAUUGCAUUAGUGAAUUCUUCUAAAGAUCUCUUUUCUUUAUGCAGGCAACAAAUUUACAAAUUGGAAACACUAUUACAGACCACCUGUGAUUUGGGCCAGGCAUCAGCUUUACACUCUGAAGCAAACAAUAUCAGGCAUCAAUGUGUUAUGUUUCUUCAUUAUGUGAAAGUUUUCAUCUUUAGGUACCUAAGAAUACAUGAGACAGAGAAUGAUGUUCCAGUUCACCCAUAUGAGGCUUUGGAGGCCCAGCUUCCCUCAAUAUUAGUUGAAGAACUUCAUGGAUUGAUCUUAUACACUGGCCGUCUGUCUGACCACCCCAGUGUUAUCCCAGGAGCAUUUGUAGUGCAAAACCAAAUAAAGCUCUUUCCACCAUCAUGGCAUUUAAUACAUCUUCGUUUGGACAUCCAUUGGCUAGUGCUGGAAAUUCUUCACAUUCUAGGUGAAAAAGCAUCAAAACAAGUCGUGUAUAGUCAUAAGUUAAUGAAUAUGGUUGGUGAGAAUUUGACCAGUGUCAGUCUGUUUAAAGAACAUUGUGAAAAUCUGCUUUGUGACCUGAUAUGUUUAUCAGUCAGCAGGUAUGCCAAGGUUAGACCAUCUGAAGCUUUAACAAGUCACCACUGUUCCUGCUUGUGCAUCAAAGAAUUAUGGGUCCUGCUUAUUCAACUUCUUGACCAUAGAAGCCAAGGAUGUCACACAGAACCCUUUUGGAGAUGGAUGAAUAAACUACUAAGGAAUCUUUUUAAGAAGCCAAAUGAUACAGAACAGCCUUCUAUUCCUGUUGUCCCCUCCAAGGAUCCAUUGGGCUUUAGUUGGUGGAUUAUUACUCACCUAGCAUCAUUUUAUCAAUUUGACCGUAAUGGAGUGCUAGAUAAAAAGAAACAAAUGAAUUCAAACUGGAGCUUUGUAGAAGAAUUACUGAAAAAGUCAACUAAUGUCCAGGAUGGUAUAUUAGAAGAACAGGUGCGCAUGUAUCUUCACUGUUGCUUGACACUGUGUGGUUUCUGGAACCCCAAUAUUCAGGCUGUUACAAUUCUGUGGGACUACUACAGCAAAAAUCUUAACAGUUCUUUUAUUAUUCCUUGGCUUGGUUUACAAGAGUUUGCAAAUGUUUCUAAAUCAACCUUGUCUAUGCUUGAAAUAGUGAAGACCUGUUGUUCUGAUGAGCAGAGCCAUGACCUCUAUAAAUCCAACAGUAGUUACAACAUUUUUCUUUGUGUUUUGGCAAAAGUCAUGAAAAAAGCUGUAGCAACUAAUGAAACUCAUCCUUGGAACCAAAUCAAAGGAAGAAUAUAUUCCAAAUUCCAUCAAAAAAGAAUGGAAGAGCUAACUGAAGUUGGUCUUCAGAAUUUUUUUAAACUUUUUCUGGUAUUGGCUACUGUUGCAAAGUUGGAAGAUGUGGUCAGUCGUGUUCUGGAUCUUUUGGACUUCCUCAGACCUGGGUCUAUCACGCCUUCACAGAGGGCGCUUGUUUGGAAGGGCCAAAUGGCUUUUCUCUUAAUGUAUGUUCAGAGAAACCUGGAUGUUGGUGUUUUGGCCCAGACACUUUCUGGUGCUUUUAGUGAAAAAGCAAAGGAAUUCUUAGUAUCUAAGAAUGAGUCGGGACAGAAACAUGUGCUGUGGACACUUCUUUCUAUCUAUAUGGAUGGUGUUCAAGAAGUGUUUGAAAUAAGCCGGAACUUGAAACUUUCUGAGGAAAUAUUGUUGAAUGACGGAUUCAGUAUGCUUCUUCCAGCUUGUCGAGAAGCUCAGCUCAGGACUGUAUUAAACUUUCUACAAGCUGUUCUGGCCAGAGUCAGGAGUGUGUACCAGCAGUCAUGCAGGGAACUUCCAGGGGAGAAUGCAGGCCUGAGUGUGCCAGCCUCAUCGGUGGCUAAAGAGCACCACCUGGCUGCAAUUGCCCGUGCACUCUGGAGAAAUUUCUUUCCUUUCCUGAAGAGCCAGAGAAUGUCACAGACGGUGCCUAUCCCUCAGCUUGCAGAUACAGCUGCAGGUUUUACUUGUUUGGCUUUGGACAUGUCCAGAACGGCUCCCUCGGACCUUCAGCCACAGCCAGUAAUGUCAAUGAUGCAGUUAUUUGGGUGGGACGAUAUGAUUUGGCCCCAGCUUGUAUCUAGAUAUUUAAGUCAUCUUAUACAAAACAAGACUCUAUCUGAGACAAUUUCCCAUUCAGGCUGUACAUCGUUUCAAGCCUUAACUGUACGAUCAUGGAUCCGCUGUGUUUUGCAAAUGCACAUGAAAGACCUCUCUGAGCCCAAUGGCAUUUUGGUUGGUAUAGACCCUGAACAAACUGUUGAAAAAGAGUACAUGGAACAGUUGGCUGAACUGACAAGGUUGCUAUUUCAGCUUCCAGAAGUAAAGAAUAUUCUCUCAAAGGCUCAAGUUGAACAUUUAGCCAUCACACAAGAUCCUCCAAAAGCACUUGUCCUAUUCCUUGAGGCUGUUGGUAUAGCAUACAGUAGCUUACAAACACUUCCUGAGAAGUCUGCCAUGGUCACAAAAGCAUUAGAAUACCUUGGUGAAGUAUUGAAAUAUGUUAAACCUUAUUUGGGGAAAAAAAGUUCCAGUGCAGGUCUACAGCUGACAUACAAAAUAAUGGGGGUCCUAGUAAAGUCAUGGGCACUGAUUCUUGCCACUUCUAAAGCACAGAAGCUCCUGUUCCGUAUCAUAGACUGCUUGCUUCUUCCACAUGCUGUGCUGCAACAAGAGAAGGACCUGCCCACGGCUAUGCUGACUGCUAUUCGAAAGAGUCUUCCUCUCUAUCUUCAGGGCAUGUGUGUUAUCUGUUGUCAUUCCCAAACGCAGAAUGCCUAUUUGAACCAACUACUGGGGAACAUUGUUGAACAGUAUAUUGGGCGUUUCUUGCCUGCUUCCCCAUCUCUUCAAGUCCUUGAACAACAUCCUGUUCUCUUGGCAUUGAGCAGAUCAGCCACCACUCCCAAGACUGCAUGUCUUCAGAAAAUUGUUGUGCAAGUUAUAAGGAAAUCCUACAUUCAGUUUAAAGGAUCUUCACCACCUCCUCGCUUAGCAUCCAUUCUGGCUUUCAUUCUUGAACUUUUCAAAAAAACCAGCAUGGACAUUGGUGAUAUGGAACAGCUCUUACCUAGUGUGUUGAAGUGUUUGCUCUUGGUCAAUGAACCGCAGGUUAAAAGGCUAGCCACUGAGAACCUGGACUCCAUUGUAAAAGCCUGCCAAGCAGGGUCAGGAGGAGAGCCUACCACCCAGCUGACUUCUGUGUUUAGACAGUUUGUCCAAGAUUAUGGUAUGAUAUAUGAGCAACAAGUCUAUAACAUCUUAGAAACUGUGGCAGAAUUAGACCAACAGAUUGUUACCAGUUUGAUUCCCACACUCACUCAGUGCCUAAAGGACUCUGAGCUUAAACAAGGCCUUGGAAGAAAUAUUGCAAAAAGGGAAGCCUAUAGUCGACUUUUAUCCUUCCUAGGACAACCAGGUCAAGAGGAGAGGCUGAAACUGGAAAAUGAAAACACUUAGUUUGUUUUUUAUGUGACCUGCACUUGUCUUUGGGGACUUCAACAUAUUGUUGCUACUUAAAGCCACAAUAUAUCAUUUGCACUUUCCAAACUCCUACUUUUAUGAGCUGGAUAAUCUUCUAAAUGAUGUGUUAAAAAUAAAAAUCUGUUUUCUAGGAUUUUUUUCAUAUAACUCUACAUUUCCAUAAAGCACAUCACUGAGGAUGUGGGAAUUGGUUCACUAGGUAAAGCUUUCAGUAAGUUCUUUGAAGAGUUUUCAGGUAAGGGGAAUGAAAUAGAGCCAUUUUCUAAUAGAGACUAUUUUGCACCCCUCAUGAAAUUACAGAUACACUGCUACAUCGAAGGCAAUCAAGCAACAAGCAUUUAUUAAACUUGCCGUAUGCCAGGGUAGGUGGGCAGGUGAUCAUUUUUGGUUCGCUAUAGAACAUGUCUCACAAAAAUAAUUCAAAGUUUGAGGGUGAUUUUUGUUGGAAUUGUUUUUUAACUUGUGUUUAGGUAUGCUAAUUAUUGAGAAAUUUCAGGCUACCUUGCCCUGCCUUUUAGUGCCAACAAUAGAGGUCUUUUUUUUCUCCUGUCAAGGUUAUCAAGUACAACUAAUUUUCAGCUAGAAAGAGAAGAUAGCUGUAUAAAAUUAAAUGAAUAGAUAAUCCUUAUUUGUUAAGAUAAAACCUUUUUGCCUUUCAUUUCAGCCCUCAUCCCUCUGAAUUCCAUAGCCAGUCCCUUUUUAUUGGUCAUGAUCAACCAAUCAACACACAUUGAUUAAGUGCCCAAUGUGACCAAGAAACCAGGCAACAGCUUUGGAAGAGGGGGAGAAACUAGGACCAGGGCUCAUCCAUAAUCUGCAUACUCAGACCUGAAUAAUCAAGAAUUGCAGAUAGCAGGGCAGCUAGGUGGCGCAGUGGAUAGAGCACCGGCCCUGGAGUCAGGAGGACCUGAGUUCAAAUCCAGCC